AUGUCAACCAAGACCGAGAAGCAAAACGACGCGCCCGUCGCGGCGCCAGAGCAAGAGGAGGCGGCGCCCACCGGCUUCCUUGGCCGCCUCAAGCAGUCCUUGAAGGGCGUCACACGAUCCGGCCGUCGAGAGGCGCAGGCAAAGGCGCUCGCAGCUGAACGCGAACGUCAGCGCAAUGUUGACCCUCGUCCUUUCCCCUUCCGACCCAUCGAGCUCGCGGACCUGCUCGACCCCAAGAGCGUAGACAAGCUGCGCGACAUGGGCGGCGUCAAGGGCAUCCUUGCCUCUCUCGGCACCGACGAACACCGCGGUCUCGAUCUAGGCGGUACCAAGACCAUCGAGGCAGGCACCAGUGACCACGACGUUGAAAGUGGUCCCGCUGCCAGGAGCCGCGACGUCAACUUCGUCGACGCCACCGAAGAGGACCGCGUCCGCGUCUAUGGCCACAACGUUCUCCCCGAACGCAAAUCCAACAGCCUACUUCUGCUCAUGUGGCUCGCGCUCCAGGACAAGAUCCUCAUCCUUCUUUGCGUUGCCGCCGUCGUCUCUCUUGCUCUCGGUAUCUACACCACCACCACGCCCCCCGAAAAGGUUGCCUGUGUCGACGACAAUGGCGUUGCAGCUGUUUGCGAACUUGUUCACCUGGAUUGGGUUGAAGGUCUUGCCAUCAUCAUCGCCAUCAUCAUUGUCGACCUCGUCGGUUCCGUCAACGACUACCAGAAGGAGCGCCAGUUCAAGAAGCUCAACGCCAAGAAGGAGCAGCGCGACGUCAAGGUUCUCCGUCAAGGAAGCCCCGCCCUCAUGUCGGUCUACGACGUUGUGGUCGGUGACAUCCUCCAGCUCGAGCCCGGUGAGAUUGUUCCCUGUGACGGCAUCUUCCUUCGUGGACACAAUGUCAAGUGUGACGAGUCCGGCGCUACUGGUGAAUCCGACAUGAUUCGCAAGGUGACCUACGACGAAUGCAUCGCCGACCUCGAUGAAGCGCGCCGCAACAACGAAAAGCCCAAGAACCGCGACUGCUUCCUCAUCUCCGGUUCCAAGGUGCUCGAAGGUGUUGGCGAGUACGUCGUCAUCGCCGUCGGCCCCACCAGCUUCAACGGCAAGCUAAUGCUCUCGCUCCGCAGUGAUGCCGAGGACACGCCUCUGCAGUCUAAGCUCAACCGUCUCGCCGACCUCAUCGCCUGGCUCGGCUCCACUGCCGGUAUCCUCCUCUUCACCGCCCUCAUGAUCCGAUUCUUUGUUAAGCUCGCUCAGGAUCCCAGCCGCUCGUCCAACGACAAGGCGCAGGACUUUAUCGACAUCCUCAUCAUCGCCGUCACCGUCGUGGUCGUCGCCGUGCCCGAAGGUCUGCCUCUUGCUGUCACACUUGCUCUUGCAUUUGCCACCAAGCGCAUGACCAACAUGAACCUUCUCGUGCGUCUGCUUGGCGCUUGCGAGACCAUGGCCAACGCUAGCGUCGUUUGCACCGACAAGACCGGAACCUUGACACAGAACGAGAUGAGCGUUGUUGCUGGAAGCAUCGGCGUGCACUUCAAGUUUGCCGACCGCCUGGAGGCUAACCGCAAGCGUGUCGAGACCGAGCACGAUUCCGCUUCUGCAUCUCCGACCCGCAUUGUCGAACAGGGCGAGCUCAAUCGGUCGAUCAGCACUCCUCUGCAAAAGCUUCUCAACGACAGCAUCGCCAUCAACUCCACCGCCUUCGAGGAGGCCGAGGAAGACGGUGAUGCAAAGGACGACGCUGUAAACCCUGUCAUCGCAGUCAAGAAGCACGGGCUGUCGGGUCUUCUCAAGUGGAAGUCGAGUAAGAAGGCGGCCACUGAGGAAAAGAAGAAGGAUGUUGGCUUCGUUGGUUCCAAAACCGAGACAGCUCUGCUCAAGAUGGCCAAGGAGCUCCAGUGGGAAGACUACCGUGCUUCGCGAGAGCGCGCCGAGGUGGUGCAGAUGAUCCCCUUCAGCUCGGACCGCAAGGCCAUGGGUGUCGUGGUCAAACGCCCCGAGGGUGGUUUCCGUAUCUACCUCAAGGGUGCCAGUGAGGUGCUCACGCGUCUCUGCACUCGCCACGUCGAAGUAACUGAAACAGACACGGAUGACAUCCAGAUUGGGCAGCUCGACGCUGCCAAACUCGAACAAGUCAAUUCGACCAUCACAGGCUUCGCCAACCAGACGCUCCGAACGCUGGCUCUCGUCUACCGUGAUCUCGAAUCGUUCCCUCCCAAGGACGCCGAGCUCGACGAGUCGGGGGAGGUCGAGUACUCUUCGCUUGCUCAGGACCUGACGCUGGUGGCCAUUGCUGCUAUUGAGGAUCCUCUGCGACCGGGUGUCACUGAGGCAGUGGAGGCUAGUCGACGUGCCGGUGUGCAGGUCAAGAUGUGCACGGGUGACAACGUUCUGACUGCCAAAUCGAUCGCUACGCAGUGCGGUAUCUACACGCCAGGCGGCAUUGUCAUGGAAGGUCCCGUAUUCCGCAAGCUCAGCCCCACCGACAUGAUGGAGGUGGUCCCCAAGCUACAGGUGCUUGCGAGAUCAUCGCCCGAAGACAAGAAGAUCUUGGUUGAGACGCUCAAAAGCCUCGGUGAGGUGGUGGGUGUCACGGGCGACGGUACUAACGACGGACCUGCGCUCAAGACGGCCAACGUAGGAUUCUCGAUGGGUAUCGCUGGUACCGAGGUGGCCAAGGAGGCGUCGGACAUUAUUCUUAUGGACGACAACUUUGCGUCGAUCGUCAGUGCCAUCAUGUGGGGACGCUGUGUCAAUGAUGCGGUGCGCAAGUUCUUGCAGUUCCAGCUCUCUGUCAACAUUUCCGCGGUGAUUGUCACGUUUGUCACGGCGGUGGCGUCCGACGAGGGUAAGUCGGCGCUCAAGGCUGUGCAGCUGUUGUGGAUCAACUUGAUCAUGGACACGCUCGCGGCUCUUGCGCUGGCCACUGACCCUGCUACACCGGACCUACUGGACCGUAAGCCGGACCGUCGCAGCGCCUCGCUGAUUUCGACCGACAUGUGGAAGAUGAUAGUGGGGCAGUCGAUCUACCAAUUUACGGUGAUUCUGGUGCUCAAUUUUGCUGGCAAGUCGAUCCUCAACAUGGCGACAGGCACACCGUUCGAGCAGCACAGCGACACGGAGCUGUCGGCAAUCGUGUUCAACACUUUCGUGUGGUGCCAGCUGUUCAACCAGGUCAAUUCGCGCUCGUUGACGCGCAACCUCAACAUCUUCAGCAACCUGCACAAGAACCCGUGGUUCUUGGGCAUCCUGGCGCUCGAGAUCGGCUUCCAGGUGCUCAUCAUGUUUGUCGGCGGUAGGGCUUUCUCGGUGGUCCCACUGACGGGACGCGACUGGGCCGUGUCAAUUGUGGUCGGUGCCCUGUCAUGGCCGUUGGCUGUCCUGAUCCGUUUGGUGCCUACGCAGCCGAUCGAGGACCUGCUGAUCAGGUACAGGCUCAUGGCGGACCCCAAUGCGCUUCCGCCUCCCGUGAGCGAGGCGGACUCGGAAGAUGACAAGGGCGUGCGUGCCCGCACUUUCUCCGAAUGGCUGCCUGCCGUCGGUCAGGUGGGCGAGCAGCUCAACUCGUUCCGCAGCAUUCGCGGUGGCCGUAUUCGGGCGACGCCGCGCAUCUACGAGUCGCGCCAACGCCAGCUCAAGUCGGCCAACUUCCACCACCAGAGCAUCCUCGCUAUGGUUCCUGGAUUUGUGGUGGCCAGCAUCGGCGGUAACUGGCGCUCUAGUCCUUCGGAGUCUGGCAGCGAGGGAAAGCAGGGCCAAGCCAAGGCCACGCAGCAGCAGCAGCAAGUGUCAAGCGAGCCGCCUGUGGACACGGCGACGUUGUUCAAGGAUGGCAAGAUCACGUUCCACCCGGAGACCAAGGACGAUGAUGAUCUGCUGAGGAGGCUCAAGAGCGGUGCAUCUUCGCUUUGA